AUGUACAAAUAUGAACUUGGUAUUGAAUUGGGAAAAUGUCAUUUCAUGGUAGAAGAGGGAAUUGUUCUUGGUCAUAUGAUCUUUAGUCGGGGCAUUGAGGUUGAUCCUGCUAAAGUUGAGACAAUCAAACGUCUUCCACCUCCAACAAAUGUUAGGGGUGUAAGGAGUUUUCUUGGCCAUGCCGGUUUUUGUCGGCGUUUCAUUAAAGGUUUUUCCCAAAUGGCCAAGCCUUUGACUAAACUUUUAGCAAAAGAUUCCCCCUUUGUGUUUACUAAUGAUUGUCUACAAGCUUUUGAUAGGUUGAAAGUUGCACUUGUUUCGGCCCCAAUAAUGCAACCACCUUAUUGGGAGCUCCCUUUUGAGCUCAUGUGUGUUGCUUCGGAUGUUGCGGUGGGGGCCGUUCUAGGCCAAAGGAACGAGAACAAGCUUCAUGCAAUCUACUACGUACGUUCCCGAGGUGGCUCACGACUUUGGUUGGGGUGCUCUCACCAUGCUGGAGCUGAUUUUGCAGUUUCAAGCUUGGAGCUACCGCUCCUCACUCGAGCUCUAGCUCGACUUGGGCAGAUGUUUUGGAUGGGUUGCAGGUUGCCUGGAGCGAGCGCUCCCCAAGAUCCCCCAGAGUGA